CAUUAUCAUAUUACACAAUAUAGUUCAACUUAAGCAAGUAAUUAAUAAAAUUUGAAGAAUCUCUCUAAUUAAAUUUGUUUAUUUCUUCUCUUUAAUUAACAAGUUUUUGGUUUUGAAGGUGGCCUGUUCUUUUGCUCUUCUGUUUGCUCUCUGCAUUUGUGUAUUUGCGGAAGUAUCAGAAUUGCAUAAGCAGGAAAAGGCCUAGCUUAAUUACUUCACAAGAAGUAAUUAAUAGAGAUUAUUCAGAACAAUCACUUGCUUGUUAUUAAUUAAUCUCCUUAUCUGUUAGUCGUAAUGGCGGAUUUAUCAGCAGGUAACGAUGACAAAAGCGUUACGAAGACAAAUAGCUUCAAGAUCUUUGGGAAAAGCCCAGCACGUACCGUGUCUUCCAAGAAAAGUGCAAAUCCAUUCAUUAAGAUGUUCACCCGAAGCAAGAAGUUAGAUAAGAAAAAUGAAUCGGAGGAUGCUGAUGAAAGUGAUCCAAGUAACACUACUGAAGCUGAUACUGAGGUGAUCGGAGAAACUGCUCCGGCAACUCUCCUAGAAAAACUCAAAGAAGAUGCUCCAAAAAUUAUUGAAAAAGUGGUUAGUCAUGCUAAGGCAGAAAACCUGGCUGCAGAGUUGACAAAGGCUAUUCCAGUUGCCGAACGCAAAGAGUCAACUCCAGCAACUGAAGAGAAGAAACCAGAGUUCUUUAGCAAAAUAAAGGAAGGAGCUGAAAAAGCCAAGGAAGAGCUACAAGGUAAAGCCAAGGAAGAGUUCAAGAAGGUAGAAGGCGGUCUUACGGAAGCAUACAAAGCAUUCACAUCAACAUACAAGAAGGCCGCACCAAUUGAGCAACAACCUAUAGAUGAUAAGAAACUCGAAGUAAAAGAUGUCAAAACCGAUGAAGCGAACGUGCCUGUGCCAUUGUCAAGUCCAAGUCCAACAGGGCUAGAUCAUCAAGAUGAUGUUGUGGCUGCUACCAGGGUGGCUGAGCCAACAAAAACGGAGGCAACUAGUCAACCAGGAGAGAACCCUGAGAAUAAGCAAGAGGUAAAUUGUUUCACUUAUUUGGCAGAAGAGCUACAAAAGAUGUGUGCAACAAGGAACAACAACAACAACAAAGAAGACUAGUGUUCUAUAUUUUUUUUAUUUUUUUUUUUAUUUUUUUUUUAUUUUUUUUUUUUGCAUGGAUAUAUGUAAAUGUAUCCAAUGGUGUAUAAUUGGUUCUAAUUUGUAAUUUUAACUUUGUAUGGAUUGGUUACAAGGUUGCAUGUAUGACCUUGAUGGGUGUGGAAUGAUUGCAAGGAUACUUUGUGAAUACCAUGAUAUUAAUUGAUCCUUUUGUUAUAUUUUCGUGCA